ACCCUCGCUCUUAUUACGCAUACACCCCUGUUCUUGGUUGUGUGCCCAGCCCAAAGCUUGGGCAGCACCCCUCAGAGUACAUACCAAGUGUGCUCGCUCCAAUGGCAAUGCAUGAAAUACAUGAACCUUCUACCACUAAACCAAAGGGGGGAAGCCGGGGAGUAUCGUGCGCUGCAAUAUAGGAGGAUCCAUUCUUGCAUAGAAUAGAACUAUUGUGUAUUCUUUGAGAACUUAGCCAUAGUGGUCCAGCUGCAUGUUUUCUUAGUGGUGUGUGUGUGUCUAUCUCUGUAUUAAGAAAGAGAGAGAUUUGUUCAGUCAGUUCAGCACUGCCACAUUGGCAAAAGACCGACACCGACAACAACUAACCGGCUGGUAUUGAACUUUAAGCGGAAGGGGGAGUGUUUGUUAAUUUGGUCAUCGGAGAGAGAUAACAUCGGAUUUAAUUACAUCUGAUGGUCGGAUGUAGCCCCCUGAAUGAAUAAAUAAUUAGGAUUAAUUUCUUGUCAGAUUUGAACCCGACACACAGCCACCAUGGUCAUCCUCGUAAAGGGAGACUUUGUGUGGCUUGAGGACCCCAGGAAAGAUGGCCUGAAGGUUCCAAUCGGAGCAGAGGUUAAAAUUGCGGAUUCUGGUCAACUUCAACUGACCGACGAUGAAGGCAAAGAGCAUUGGUUGUCGGACAAUGUGGCGCAGAAGCUGCGUACCAUGCACACAUCUUCCAUUGGUGGUGUGGAAGACAUGAUUUUACUGGGUGACCUCCACGAGGCUGGCAUCUUGAGGAAUCUACACAUGAGAUAUAAGGCCAAUUUCAUUUAUACGUACACUGGAACGAUCCUUGUAGCUGUCAACCCGUAUCAAGUCUUACCCAUCUACAUGAGGGAACAGAUUGAGUUGUACCGGGAUAGAAGAAUAGGAGAAUUACCACCUCACAUCUUCGCCAUCGCCGACAAUGCUUACUAUCGCAUGUUACGAGGGCUUAAGGAUCAGUGUGUCAUCAUCAGUGGUGAAAGUGGAGCAGGAAAGACUGAGAGUGCUAAGCUGAUCCUUCAAUUCUUAGCAGCAGUGAGUGGCCAGCAUUCAUGGAUUGAACAACAGAUUAUAGAAUCAAAUCCCAUCAUGGAAGCCUUUGGGAAUGCCAAGACGAUCAGGAAUGACAACUCAAGUCGAUUUGGAAAGUACAUUGACAUUCACUUUCAAGAGAGGGGUGUCAUUGAAGGUGCAAAGAUUGACCAGUAUCUUCUAGAGAAAUCAAGACUUGUUGGUCAGCUCAAUGAUGAGAGGAACUAUCACAUCUUCUACUGUAUCUUGGCUGGUAUGCCUGAUCAAGAGAAGAAUGAACUCGAACUCACCAAGGCAACGGAUUACCAUUACCUCACACAGGGCAACUGCAUCGAAUGCCCCGGCAGAAACGACCGUGAGGACUUCUCCACCAUCCGGGCUGCCAUGAAGGUCCUGAACUUCACCGACGACGAAAUCUGGGAUAUCUUCAAGCUCCUGGCGUCCAUCCUGCACCUUGGUAACAUCAAGUACACUGCCAUUGAGAAGUCCAACCUGGAUGCUACGGGAUUCAAAGACCACACACAGACAGCCAAGGUGGCCAAGCUCCUAGCUGUUAACCAGAAGGCCCUGGAAGAAGUCUUGACCACCAAGUCAACGACAGCAUCCGGUGAGGUGAUCAUCUCACCGGUCAGUCACGCCAAGGCCAUUGACAUGAGGGACGCCUUCGUCAAGGCUAUCUACGGCCGGCUCUUCGUCUGGAUCGUCAACAAGCUCAACGUGGCCACCUUCAAGGAGCACGACAGGAGUACGGGGAAGAGGGUCAGCAUCGGCCUCCUGGAUAUCUUUGGCUUUGAGAACUUUGGCAAGAAUAGCUUUGAACAGAUGUGCAUCAACUACGCAAAUGAAAAUCUUCAACAGUUCUUCGUCAGGCAUAUAUUCAAGCUUGAACAGGAGGAAUAUGACAGGGAAGGAAUCAAAUGGCAGCAUAUUAAGUUUGUGGAUAAUCAAGAAACCUUGGACCUGAUUGCUGUCAAACCCAUGAACAUCAUCGCCCUCGUUGAUGAGGAGUCUCGCUUCCCCAAGGGAUCAGAUGAGACCAUGUUGGCCAAGCUCAACAAGCAACACCGCAAGAACAAGCUCUACAUCAGUGGUGCCUCAGCGAAGGGCACCCUCUUUGGUAUCAAGCACUUCGCAGGAACCGUUUACUAUGAAGCAACAGGUUUCCUGGACAAGAACCGAGACACCUUCAGCCCGGACUUCAUCCAGCUCAUCCGCACCAGUCAGAACGGCUACCUCAAGACCCUCUUUGCCAACGACCUCUCCUCCACCACCGAGAUGCGCAAGAAGUCACCGACGCUGGGAGCGCAGUUCAAGAAGUCUCUGGACCUUCUGAUGAACACCCUUGGACAAUGCCAGCCUUUCUUCGUCCGUUGCAUCAAACCUAAUGAGCAUAAACAACCCAAUGACUUUGAGAGAGAACUGGUAGUAAGACAGCUGCGAUACUCUGGCAUGAUGGAAACGAUCAGAAUCCGACGAGCAGGAUACCCGAUCCGCCAUACCUUUUCGGAGUUUGUGGAUCGCUACAGGAUGCUUGUACCGGGUAUCAAACCAUCUCAGAAGGAGGAUUGCCUCGCCGCUUGCAAGAAGAUUGGCCAAGCAUUCCUUCAAGGUGAAGACUGGCAACUUGGACACAAGAAGGUCUUCCUAAAGGAUGCACAAGACUUGUACCUUGAGAGCGAGAGAGACAAGGCUCUCACCGCGAGGUGCGUUAUCAUCCAGAAGGUCUUCCGAGGGUGGUUCUACAGGCGGCGCUUCCUCCAGAUGCGCAAUGCAGCCAUCACCAUCAGCAAGGCAUGGCGUAAAUAUGCCCAGAGAAUCCGUUACCUCAAGAUGAAACGAGGAUACCUCAGACUUCAGGCUGUUAUACGGGCGAGGAUCCUGGCUUAUAGAUAUGAGUUUACAAGGAGGAGAAUUAGAGGUUUUCAGGCUCAUGCCAGGGGAUUCCUGAUCCGUCAGACAACCAGGAAAUAUCGUAGCAGCAUCCUCAAGAUUCAAGCUGGUUUCAGAAUGGUAUUAGCCCGGAGAAAAUACAAGAAAUUAGUGGCAGAGCACCGUCGUCGUCUGGAAGCAGAGAGAGUUCGGAAGGAGGAAGAGGAGAAGCUGAAACGGAAGCUGGGAGCGAAGAAGGCUAAACAAGAGGCUGAAAGAAGAGCUCAGGCUCUUCUCCUAGAGCAGGAGAGAUUGGAAAGAGAACAAGAAGAACAGGAGAAGCGAGAGAGGAUGGAGAAGGUCGCUGCCAUCGAGAAGGCCGAACUCCGUCGCAAUCAACCUCGGACGGACGUGGAGGUGGUGGACGAGCUCUUCGGCAACAUCGAAGGGAAUGAUGAGGAAGGACAAGGUCCAAAAGGAUUCGAGGAUCUGGAGGCUUCGCACAUGAGAGCGGUCAGUACGGGUGAUUUUGACGCCAUGAAACCUCACGUGCCGGAUGCGGAUGAAGACAUCUCAGAGUAUCGGUUUGAGAAGUUCGCUGCAACGUACUUUGAAGCCGGCCACACCCAGUACCACAUACGCAAACCUAUCCAUGAGCCCUUGCUUGACCUCAAGAAUGAGAAUGACAGACAGGCUGCAUUAGCUGUUUGGAUUAUGAUCCUGAGGUUUAUGGGAGAUCUUCCAGAGCCAAAGGCAUCUGCGUCAAUCGCUGACAGGGAUGGAAAGUCAGUGAUGACUAAGAUCUACAAUACAUUAGGAAGAUCAAAGGGAAAAGCUACAGCUGAGCAGAUGAUGAUUGGAGAUGAUAUGAUUCCUACCGAUGCGCCCAACUCUGGCAUCGGUGGUCGCAACAAGAACACGAUGAGACGCAAGCUGGUUUCCAUGACGCUCAGGAAGAAGUCUAAGAUCAGUCAGGAGAUGGCUCAGAGGAUACAGGACGGCAACGAAGGUGACGUCGGGAAUAGCAUGUUGAUUGAUAGACCGACCUCUAACCUGGAGAAGCUUCAUUUUAUCACCGGCCAUGGACUUCUCCGCCCAGAGCUCAGGGAUGAGAUCUAUUGUAUGAUCUGUAAACAGCUGACUAACAAUCCUUCUCAGACCAGUCUACCUCGAGGUUGGAUCCUCCUCUCUCUAUGCGUCGGAUGCUUUGCACCUACCGACAGGUUUGUGAAGUAUCUGAGGUGUUUCAUCAUGACCGAAGGUCCGCCUGGCUAUGCAGCUUACUGUGAAGAGAGACUAAGGAGAACACUAGCCAAUGGAACGAGGAGUCAACCGCCAAGCUGGCUGGAACUUCAGGCUACCAAGACCAAGAACCCUCUGAUGCUGCCCAUUACCUUCAUGGAUGGAACGACCCGUACCCUUCUCGCUGAUUCUGCUACCACUGCCAGGGAGCUGUGUCAGCUCCUAGCCCAGAAGAUCGGUCUCAAAGACCAGUUUGGUUUCUCACUCUACAUUGCCCUCUUUGAGAAGGUGUCAUCCUUAGGAAGCGGUGGAGACCAUGUCAUGGAUGCCAUCUCACAGUGCGAACAGUACGCCAAAGAGAAAGGAGCGCAGGAGAGGAACGCUCCCUGGAGGUUGUUCUUCAGGAAGGAGAUCUUCGCCCCGUGGCACGACCCUACUGCUGACCCCGUCGGAACCAACCUGAUCUACCAACAGAUCGUCAGAGGUGUCAAAUUUGGAGAAUACCGGUGUGAUAAGGAUGAAGAUUUAGCAGCCAUUGCUGCUCAGCAAUACUAUGUGGAAUACAAGAGUGAUAUGUCCUACGAUCGUCUUCUAAAGCUCGUCCCAUCCUACAUUCCUGAUAACGCUAUGACAGGAGCAAGAACGGCUGAGAGAUGGGCACAGAUGAUCAGUAGACAACACACUAGUAGCUACUACGUCAAGGAUCGUGAGAACCCGGUACGAGUCAAGGAGGACGUUGUGCGAUACGCCCAGCUCCGGUGGCCACUUCUUUUCUCGCGAUUCUACGAGGCCUUCAAGUUCUCCGGUCCAAGCCUCCCUAAGAACGAGGUGAUCAUUGCUGUGAACUGGACAGGAGUGUAUGUGGUGGAUGACCUAGAGCAGGUGCUCCUGGAGCUCUCCUUCCCAGAGAUCACCCAGGUUUCAAGCAGCAGGACGGGUAAGCUCCAUGGUCAGAGUUUCACCCUGCUGACCGUCAAGGGGGAAGAGUUCACCUUCACGUCCUCCAACGCCGAAGACAUCAGGGAUCUCAUCGUCUACUUCCUGGAUGGACUCAAGAAGAGAUCCAGAUACGUGGUAGCGCUCGAGGACUGUCCACAGCACAGUCAAGGGUCAUCAUACCUGAACUUCAAGCGUGGAGAUCUGAUAAUCCUUGAGCAGGAGAACGGUGACCAGGGGAUGAACCAAGGCUGGUGCUACGGUCAGAACGACAGCACUGGACAGAAAGGAGACUUCCCGGCUGAAUGCGUCUAUGUUCUCCCAACUAAGACAAAACCACCCAACGAGGUCGUGGCUUUGUUCACAAAGCACCCCACAGAUCAUGACCGUACGAUUGGACCAGCCGAUAUUGCCAUGAAUCAGGAUAUACCAAACAAACAACAUACGCUGGAAGAAUUCUCCAUCGAUCACUUCAGACCACCUCCCAAGCGCACCAUAGGAAAGGCCAUGCGGCGCACCAAAGAGACCAUAUGGAACCAUGCUAAGGAGCCCAUGAGACAACCUCUCCUCAAGAAACUUCUUCAGAACUCUGAACUUUCCAUGGAGGCCUGCAGAAUAUUUGAAGCUAUUUUGAGAUAUAUGGGAGAUUUUCCAGGCAAGAGGGUUACCCGACAUGGCAAUGAUCUAACGGACAGGAUCUUUGAGCCAGCAUUGAAGGCCGAGCCUCUGAAGGAUGAGGUUUAUUGUCAAGUCAUCAAACAACUCACAGAUACCAAGAAUAAACUGAGUGAGGAACGAGGCUGGGAGCUGAUGUGGCUACUCACCGGAAUCUUUGCCUGCAGUCAAACCCUGCUACCGGAGGUCACCAAGUUCCUACGCUCAACCCGCCACCAGCUGGCCCUCAACUGCCUCAACCGGCUGCAGAAGACGAUGAGGUUCGGCCAGCGCAAGUACCCUCCUCACCUGGUGGAGGUAGAGGCCAUCCAGCACAAGACCACUCAGAUCUUCCACAAGGUCUACUUCCCGGACGAUACUGAUGAGGCCUUUGAGGUGGACUCUGGAACCAGGGCAAAGGAUUUCUGCCGUAGCAUCAGUCAAAGAUUACGACUUGUCUCACCAGAAGGAUUCAGUCUCUUUGUCAAGAUCGUUGAUAAGGUAAUCAGUGUACCAGAGGGAGAUUUCUUCUUUGAUUUCGUUCGUCAUCUGACGGACUGGAUCCGAAAAGCUCGGCCAAAUAGAGAUGGUGGUGUGCCUUUGACCUACCAAGUAUUCUUCAUGAAGAAACUCUGGACCAACACCGUCCCGGGCAAGGACCGCAACGCCGACAUCAUUUUCCACUACCACCAGGAGUUGCCCAAGUUGCUGCGUGGCUACCACAAGUGUAGCAAGGAGGAGGCGGCGCAAUUGGCAGCUCUCCAGUACCGGGUCCGCUUUGACAACGACAAGACAGAGUUUCAGAGCAUCCCGCGGCUGCUGAAGGAGUUGGUUCCUGCCGACCUGCAGAGGGUGCAGUCUCCAGAGGAAUGGAAACGGUCCAUCGUUGGAGCGUACAACAAGCAUGCUGGGAAGUCACAGGAUGAUGCCAAGAUAGCCUUCUUGAAGAUCAUCUACAGAUGGCAGACCUUUGGAUCAGCUUUCUUUGAAGUCAGGCAAACAUCAGCUAAUCAUCUACCUGACAUCCUGUUGAUUGCUAUUAACAAACAUGGAGUCAAUCUCAUUGAUCCAAGGAACAAGGAGCCAUUGGCAACUUAUCCAUUCACCAAGAUCUCCAACUGGAGCUCUGGAAACACCUACUUCCACAUGACUAUCGGCAAUCUAGUCGGUGGAACCAAGCUUCUCUGUGAAACAUCACUGGGCUACAAGAUGGAUGACCUUUUGACCUCUUACAUCAGUCAGAUGCUGACCAACAUGAAUAAACAACACAUGAGGUGAGCGGGUGGUCAGAGAUGGACAAGUGGUCAAUUCUGCUUGAUGAUUAAUCAUAACGUAGUCACUCCGUUCCACACAUUUUCACAGUUGCAUGCUGGGUAAUUGUGAGGUAAACAACAGUACAGAAUAGGGCUGAAAUUUAUCAAGGCAAGUUGGAGAUCAUUAUUCAUGUAGGUCUACUAAUGGUGGAAAACGUGAUCUGAUGUAAUGAGGUUGGACACUGAUUCGAUGUCCAGCUUGGGAUAUAAUUAUUAGAUCAUAUCAUAUGGGAGCGUGGUAGGAGAGUGGUCUAACAAUAUACAACAUUGUGGUCAAGGUACAAAAAGGGACAUUCAACUUAUUCUUGAUCACGGUUUACUUUAUAUUUCAAAGUGAAAUUUUGUGAUUUCUAUAUCUAUCUGUUUGCCUGAAAUAUGGCAUAUUUCAAUCCAGCUGAUAAAGGCUGAAAAUGUGACUUAUCAUGAAAUGUAAUUUAUCAUUGACUUUAUAGUAAUUAUUAUAGUGGUUAUAAUAGAAAGUACAUACAGUCUCAAAUUGUUCGGAUAGAUCUGUUUUACUUGUACUUUUCAUUCUAAAAAGAAAUGAAAUGUCUAUUGACUAUUAGUAUUUUGAGGGAUUAUUUAUUAUUUUUUUGCAAGUGAUUUCUAUUUUAUAGUAAAAGGGUAUGCCCCAUAGAUGAUUCAAUGUUAACAAAUUUCUGAAAGUUGACAUUUCUAUUAAUUUUCACUUUUGUAAAAGAUAUAUUGUUACAUAUUUUUGCACAAAUUUGAUCAUGGAUAUACUUGUAUUGAUGUAAAAUAUUCACAUGAAAAAUUAUAUCUAUUGAGAAGUACAUAUACUAUAACUAGACACUGUAGAGCAUCGGUCCAUGUGUUUUUGUGAAAAUAUGUCAUUACUAUAAAGUCAGUAGUAUGCUUUUAAAUCUAGACCCUCAACAGUAACUAAUUGCAUGUAGUCUAACCAUUGAAACCAUAAGUGAACUACUGCACCAGACCUGCCAACCAGUACGUUUUAGCCGUAUUUAGUACGUUUUUGCAACCAAAAUACGGCAGUACGUUUUUUCUUUGAAAAAUACGUUUUUUGUAAAAAAUAUAAAAAAAACGUGCACAAAUAUGGUUAUUAGAUCAAUGUAAUUUCAGGUAACUUGUUUUUUUUUUCAAUCAUUUUGUUCAAACGAAGGUGAAGAUAUACACAUGUUUUAAUGUUUUUUUUUUUCAUCUGCAAGAGCAGUGCGCAUUUUAGCUUGCAUGCAGCUUGAGCGCCGCGAUGAGCGAGUGCGCCAAGCAUUUUAUUAUGAAAUACACUUUUGGGGGGAAAAAUACAUUUUUUUUAAUUACAGAAUACAGUUUUUCAUUCCCAGAGGUUGGCAGGUCUGCUGCACAGGGAGGUUAAUGUGGAAUAACUUCUCACAAUACAUCUCGCAUAGAGACUACAUAUUUCACAUGAUUAUACACCUCUCAUCGCAUUGCUAUAGUCUUGGUAAGGAGACUACCAAAUUCAAGGAGUCCAUCAUUUAAAAUAGUGCUUAAUGUAAAUCGACACUAUAAAAAGGAAAAUGUGAACUACAUGUAUAACCAUAUAAUACCAAGUACUGUUGAUACAAGGAGAUGUAUUUUCCUGCUCAAUAUGUAAAUCAGCUCUAUAAAGAGUGAAUUAUAAGCAUAACACAAAGUACUGCCGUUGCAAGGGGAUACAAUUUCCUGAUCAGUACACGUUUUCAACAAAUGAUACGAUUCUGAAGCCUUAGACUAACGGGUAUUUACUCAUUGUUCUGUAAUUAUGAUGUGAAAUAACAGAUGCGUAUCCAGCAUCAGAUACUACAAAGCAUUUCAUGGGGACAAUAGUGACUCUUAUUAUGCUUGAGCAUGGGCCCAUACAUUUCUUUCUCAUAGUUAAUACUGGAUAUGCCAGUGAAUAAUGCCGUGUAUCAUCAUUCACCCAUUACAAAUGCCUUCCAACGGAAUCAGUACAUCUAAUCUUGCAGUAUAUAGAUACAUAUAUUUGCAAGAUUAGAAAUUAAUAUUCACAAUUGUAUUCAGAGUAAUAGUACUACAUUGAUUUUAGAAUCUGUAACCUUGAAUUGCUAACUCAUCUGUCUUUCAUCAUCUUAUUGCUGCCUUGAUUUUACAAUAGAAUAUCUUCCAGCUGUAUAUGUGUCAAAAUUGUAUAACUUACUAGAUGUCAUAAAUGAGUUAAGAAUGCCAUAUUUAGUAUGGCUAUAAAAUGUUCAGGCUUAAAACAAUAUAGGGAUACAAUUUGAUUCGCAAGAUUAUUAUUUUAGGUUCAGAAAUUGUUUCAGUUAAGGUUUUAUAGAAUCUUCAAAUUACAGCAAAGCAUACUGCACUGAAUUCAGUUCCUGGCUUUGGAGAUGAAAGAUGUUAGAUUAUUUCUGUGGCUUUUAGUUUUAUCAGAUGAUGUACUAUAUUAAAUGGUUCAGGCUCAAAUAGUCGGUGAUUUCUGCACUCUUUUUAUACGCACAACAAUUUGAAAAUUCAGUAUCCGAUUUCUAUCUUAGCAUAUUAUUGUGCAAAGUUGCUUAGAUUGUGUUUUUGUUUGGGGGGGGGGGUCCACAAAAGCGUUUCUACUUCAAACAUCUUUUGUGAGAAAGCCUUGGUGAUGUGAGAUGGUGACAUACUCGCAACCCCUGCUGAAUAUGCUCUGUGAAAACCUAUUUUUUAGAAACGAGAACAUUGUCAUAGCAGGUCAAAGGUGACAAAAGUCUUUGUAAUGCCAUUGUAGAGAGACAAAGUGUUGGAAGUGAUGGAUCAAAUAAUGCAGCAAUAAAACAAAAAUGUUGCAUGUUUUGGGAUGUAAAGCAACUUCUUAGAAAUUACUUUCAUGAUUUUUAGUUUAUUUCAUGAGUAAUAAACACUGCAGUUAAGGACUUAUUGUUUGUAAGUGGAUCAAUCUCCAUUGAGUUUUAAUUAACACUUUAAUUUUUUGCAAACUUUUUUUUUUGUUUCAUAAUACCUUGUAUUCAUCAACGUUAUUGCUUGGGGAAACAUUCACAGGAGUGUGAGUGGUCACAAAUAAAAAGAUCUGAAAAAAGCUGAAGAGUAUUGAAAAAGUCUGAAAUAGAAAGAGCUCCCAUACUUUUUGUACAGAGGAAAGCCAAAUAUAAGCUGAAAUUCA